CGCGCGGGCCGUGCGGUCUCAUUCAAGCGGCCCCGCCUCCCCAGCGGGCUGCUUUUUCUGGCGUCAUAGCCCCGCGACGCGGCUGGUGCUCACCGCCCGCUUGGCGCCGCCAUGUUCAAGGUAAUUCGGCUCGGGGCUACCCCUGUUAGCCUGAGCUUGUUCUCUAUCCAGAUUUAUGCUGCUUCUUCAGAGAAAGAGACUUCCAAAAAGGAGUUGCUGAAAAUUGAGGAGCUGUCACUCUACUCCUCUCCAGCUUGUGAGACUAAGUAUGUGGAGAAUCCACAAACCCAGUUGGAAGAGGGGGUUUCGCAUUUACGGCAUGUUAUGGAGCCAUAUACAGCCUGGUGUCAGGAUCUUUAUGCCCAAGCUAUGCCCAAAUUAGAAAAAGCUGUUGAGCAUGGUAGAGAGGGCUAUGAAUUUCUCCAAAACCCCCCUGCUGGAUUUUAUCCAAGGCUUGGUGUGAUAGGUUUUGCUGGAAUUAUUGGAUUGUUUCUUGCUAGAGGCUCAAAAAUAAAGAAGCUAGUGUAUCCCGCAGGUCUCAUGGGUAUUGGUACCUCCAUGUAUUACCCUCAGCAAGCGGUUGCGAUCGCAAAGGUUGCUGGUACACAGCUGUAUGACUGGAGUCUACAGGGAUAUAUUGCUGUAGAAUCUCUUUGGAAGGAUAAUCCUAAGAAGAAGAAAUCUGGGGAAAAAAGUGCUAAGGCUGAUGCAGAUGGUGACAAGCCCCUGGAAAUCCGUGCUGCUUCAAAUGAAGAGCGAGCCAAGAAGUAGAACACCAGAUCACUUGGUGUCAAGCAGAUUGUAACAGUCAGUCCGCAACAUGCCUUUGACCUUUCAUGUUGAUGCACCUCCCCAAUGAGAUGUGCUGCAUCAGUUGGGAAUGAACGACGGAGGAAAUGGAGGCAGCAUUUCCCAGUUCUCCAAGCCAGAAACUCGAGUUGAGGCACAGUCUCCUGACUUAGCCACUGGGCUGCUUUCAAACUCAAGCAAGUCCUGUGGUGGUUACUGGUUUUGGAAAAGCAAGAAAACCAAACCCAAAAACAUCCUCUCAGCUUUAAGAUGGUUCAAUUUGAUAGGACAAAAAUUGCUUUAUACUUGAGGCUUAUUAUUACUAAUGAUAAUGUAAUUGGACAUCAUUUAGUACAAAAAAGCAGAUAAUGUCUGCUCUGAAAUCAGUUGGUAAAGGAUGUCAUUUCUGAACAGGUUUUCCAGUCGCUCGUCAUUGCCCUGUAUUGUUUUACAUUGUAUUAAAGACUGACUUUUCACCAGAAAGUUCCUAGCAUUGCAGGGACUCCUCAUGAUUUUUGUAUGCAGUGUUCCAUUUACCAGAAAAAUCCUGGUUUUUCCUAACUGCUGACUGUGUAAAUAGAGUCCUGAUUUAGGAAACUGCACCAAUUUUUUCUUCCAUGCAUCAUCACCAGUCACAAAUGUUUGCAGAUGUGAUGGAACGCACACAUCUACUGAGCAACAGCCUUCCUCUCUUGCACGGUCAGUGUUAAAAGCAAAAGUAGCUUCUAAUGUUGUGUUUCCCUUAAUAUAUUGUUAAUUGCUAUAGCUAAUUCUCACAAGGGCAAAGGUAUGCUGACUGGCCGAUUUACUGAGCCUGUUAGUUUUUCCUUCAGACAUACCAAUGUAAAGUCUUUAAAAACACCCAUUUUCCAAGUAUUUUACAAAAUAAAAAAGAAUUUAAAAAAGGAGUAACAGUGGGGUUGGUUGUUUUUUUUGGUUUUUUGAGUAAAGGUACCCAGGAGAACCAAGAAGAAGAAAAAGCUGUUCUAAAUUCACUAAAAUAUUGUGCUCCUUGUGAACUAGGACAUGGCUGCUAAAUGAUAAAAAGCCAGGAAAGUUGAACUUUUGUUGAAGUGGGACACUAGAAAUAUCAAGGUUCAUUAUAAACAAAUCUGCAAAUAGCUUUUAUUUUCUUUUAGCAUUUCUUACUAUGUAAAUAUAAUUUCAGUUAGGUCUUUAUUCACUUUUUGAGAUGUUAGUACUUUUUGCUUAAAGCAAAAGUGGGGUGGUGGAAGAACAGGAACAAAAGCUGUCAGAAAGACUUACACUAAAGUUGCUAUCCAGAUCCUUUGUCUUCAGGAUUUUAAUCAUAGAUAUGCUCGCGCUUUCUCUCUCUGUAUGUAUACACACGCACGCGCGCGCACACACACACACACACACACACAUAUAUAUAUAUAUAACCGUAACCAUAAGUUAAGUUUUGAGGAAAACCUCACUAACAGCUGCUGUCACAGAUGUUCACGUGUCUGUUGGGGCUUUUUUAAGAGUGAAGAUUGUUGCUCAGGUGCUUACAGUACCUGUCUGCUGCUGGUUUUGAAAUGUGCUUGCUCCCCCACGUGCUGUUUCUGGAGGUGGUACAUACUGGAACUGCUGGAUUUCUGACCUAGUCAGAGUUCAGCUCAGUACCAGUUUUCAGCUGUUCUGCGGGGGUGGCAGUUUGUUACUUCUGCUUGAAAUCAAAUCCAGUUAUUUGACUCCAUACCCAGAUGUUCUGUUGGAUUUGGAUGAUCCCAAAAGUUGGAGAAUGCUGCUGUGAUCUUGGAAAAGACACAUUUGUUUAUUCUGAAUGAGAUCAGUCCUGAAAGUCUCACUGUAUUUCCAACUGUUGGCAAUACUCCUGGCUGAAUGUGGUUUCUAAAAUGAAGACAGUCUCAUUUUCCUCAAUGAUUUGCCACAGCAUGGGUUUCUGAAUUGUAAAUGGUUAGCCAAGGACAAAAUCCCUGUGUGUUAGACAGUAACAUAUCUCUCCAUUCCAAAAACCAGCAGCAUUGCACCUCCUUUAUUGUAGCAUGUUUGUCAUCAGUAAUUAUAUGCAAAGUACAGCUCAAACCACAUCCCAUCGUGGGAGAGAAGCAAGCUUUAAUUUUAUCCAGCUGUUGUGCUGAAGAGUGGUACGGCUUUGUGUUUUUCCAUGAAGAUAGCAUAUCUCAUUCUCACCCUGCUCAGGUUCCAUGUUUAUGUAAUUCCAUUUCUUUGAGUUGAAAUACCCUAGGUUUACACCAGAGUAAAGUCGGAUUAGGAAAAAAUGCAUUUGAUGGGAAUUAAAAAGAAUUCUUUUUGAGAAAGUUGGUUUGUUACGUGAGAUUCCAGUUGGUAUUUUGUUGCUGCAAAAUGUUCUCUCUUGUGUAUUUCUGUACAGUUCAACUACAGAAUCAAAUUCUCAAGAGCAGGCAUAAUCAUUAGCGCUCUAAUGUCAGUAAUAUGAGGAGUUAAAUAUCUUUACUAGUAGUAAAUUGGUAUUGAGAAUGUUCCUCAAAUACAUUUUGAUCAAAUUCCCACAUCAAAGGAAGAAAGUUUUAACUGCACUUCAACAAUGGAAAGAAAAGGCCUAUGAUAUUUAACUCUGCUUUCUCCGUCCUCCCCUCUUUCCCUUCUGUCUUUGGCUAUAGGUGAACGUAAAAAAUAUAGAUCUGAGCAAACAUUUCCCAAGAAAAAGGAAAACCAUCUGAAUCCAUUUUGAUUUUGAAUGUGACUAAUCUGCCUUCUGCCUCAGGAAAGACUGACGGUGUGCUGCUUGGGCUUCUGGUAUGGAAACUGAAAGGACACUAUGUAUUUUGGGGCGGUCUUGAGACCUCGUCCUCAGUUCUGCAGUGGGACUUACGUCUGCCCAUGCUUGUCCCAUUGCAGGGUCAGCAUUGCAAGUAGCAAGUCUCAAAAUUCCCCAGCCUCUUGUUGUUAUUUAUAUAUAAAAUAAAAUUCAGUUACACAAAAUGAUCCUGUGUUUUUCCCUCCUCCUAUUUUCAGUUCGUAUAGUUGACCUUUGGGCUGUCUGUGAAAGGUUCUUGAGAUGCUGUUGACAAUGCCUGUAUUUUUUAACAGUGAGGAAAAGCUUAAAGUAGCAUGAUGUUUUGGCUGACAUUAGCUAAUAUGAAUGAGGACAAUUACAAUGACUCUUGUGUUUUGUCCAAGUCUCCCCCUCCUUUCUAUACAAAUCUUCUACCUCAUCAGUGCCAGCGGGAGGUAUAUAAUGAAGCAUCUGUGAUUUCCUGUCUAGUAGAUGGAUGGGAAUGGAGCUGUAAAUGUUUGUUCUUGUUUCUGCUUGAAAGCACAGCUCAGUGGGAACCAGAAUGUUAUGGUGGUGGGAACCAGCUAUAGAAUAACUUGGCUGUUUCCUUAUUCUCAGCCAGGGAGGGGAGGAAAAAGUGAAGCGAAGGGAAAUACAAAGGGAUUUCCAGCAUUUUGAAAUCAUUGCACAAUAAAAGCCUUUCAUCAUUUGUUGCCA